AUGUCAAAAUUUUACGCGGUUGCUCAUGGUUUUAAACGAGGUUUAUUUGAGGAUUGGAAUGAAGCAAAGAAACAGAUUGAUGAUUUUCCGCAAGCUGUCUACAAAAAGUUUGACGACAAGAAAGAGGCUGAGAAAUAUUUGAACGAGCGAAAGGCUACGUCGACAAAAAUUGUCCCAGAAGACACAAAAGCCUCCACAUUUUACGCGGUAGCUCGAGGCAAAACUAUUGGAGUUUUUGUCGAAUAUGAUGAAGUGAAGAAAUCGAUUGCUGACUAUCCACAAGCACUCCAGAAAAAGUUCUCAACUUUCGCCGAAGCGCACGAGUACUAUUUGAAGUUUGCCGAAGGAAAAGGCGCCGUAAAGGAAGAAUCCAAGAAAUCGAAAGAAACAAAGUCUGCCGAAACAUCGAAUGCAGAAGUUUUCUAUGCAGUCGCUCGAGGACACAAGAGUGGAGUUUUCUCAACAUGGGCUGAAUGCAAAGAGCAAACGGAUGGCUUCCGCGGUGCCAAAUUCAAGAAAUUCGACAAUAAAGAGGAAGCCGAACUGUUUGCAUCAGGGAAAACGCUGAAACAGAUAGAAGAACACAAGAAACGAAGCAAUGACAGUUCUUCCAAUGACACCGAUUGCCCGGUUCCAAGCAAGAAAUCGAAGAAAGUU